AGCUUCACAUUACCAUAUCUCCCAAACAAUCCAGCUACAUCGCCAAUUACCAAACCAAACCAGACUCAGAAACAACAACAAUGGCAACAAUAGCAGCAGCUAGUUUAAACCUCACAACCCCUAGAGUCAUGGCCAAGGGAGCAGACUCACCAAAGGCUCAGACCAUCAAGUCCCCUUGGCUGAGCCACCCAUGGAAGAGGCACACCCAGCUCGGGUCUGGUCGCAUGCAAGUUAGACCAGUGAGUGCAGCCCCAGAAAAGAUAACAGACAAGGUAGCUGAGAGCAUCAAGGAGGCUCAAGAGACUUGUGCUGAUGACCCAGCAAGUGGUGAGUGUGUUGCAGCAUGGGAUGGUGUGGAGGAGCUGAGUGCAGCAGCUAGCCAUGCACGUGACAAGAAGAAAGGGUCAGACCCAUUGGAGGAGUUCUGUAAGGACAACAUGGAGAAAGAUGAGUGCCGCACCUAUGAAGAUUGAAGACUCAAAGUGGGUUAACUUUAUUUUAGAAGAUGAUGAAGAUUUUAGAUGUUUUAAUUAAUUUUAAUGCUUUGGCCUUUGCUGUGAAUGGGAUUAUUAAUUAGAACAUGGUUUAUGAUGGAACUUUGUAUUGCUUUGCUUACCUUUUUAAUUAAUUAAUACCAUACUAUCUUGAAAGAUUUAUAAA